AGUGCGCACAACGCAGCUAAAGCUCUGCGGAUCAACAGGUGUUGUCAGUUCACAAAAUCCUCCAACACUGGCAACAUUUUUUUUAAACAAUAAUUAGUUUGUGAUUUUUCAAAGUCAACUAUAAGCCAAUAAGCAUCGGAAAGCAAGAAAGAGCUCUUUGCCUGAAUUUACUUACAAAAUAGUAAUUAAAGCAUAAAAUUGGAGGCAAAUAAACAGAUAUGCCAGCAAAAUUUGAAUACUCACUGGGCGUACAUGAGCUGAAGUCGAAGGAGCAUCGCCUUUGGCAGGCGCUUGUGGCGGAAUUUCUGGGAAACUUCCUAUUGAAUUUCUUCGCAUGCGGCGCAUGUACCCAACCCGAAGAUGGCACAUUUAAGGCGUUGGCUUUUGGCUUGGCUGUUUUCAUAGCAAUCACAGUUAUUGGCAAUAUUAGCGGCGGUCACGUAAAUCCAGCCGUCACUAUUGGUUUAUUGGUAGCGGGGCGUGUGACCGUUUUGCGUGCUGUAUUCUAUAUAAUAUUCCAAUGUUUGGGUUCUAUUGCCGGCACCGCAGCCGUUCGUACACUCAUCGAUGAGGUUUACUAUAAUGGCUUAGGUCACACACAUCUCGCGCCGAAUAUUACCGAACUACAGGGUCUCGGUAUUGAGUUCUUCUUGGGGCUGGUGUUGGUGCUCACCGUUUUUGGUGCUUGUGAUGCUAGUAAACCAGACUCACGCUACACUGCCCCACUCGCUAUCGGACUCUCUGUCACACUGGGCCACUUGGGUACAAUUCGUUACACUGGCGCCAGCAUGAAUCCGGCACGUACACUUGGCACAGCGUUUGCCGUCGACAAUUGGGAUGCACAUUGGGUAUACUGGGCAGGUCCCAUACUUGGUGGCAUAGCAGCGGCGCUUAUCUACACCCAAGUGCUGGAAAAGCCCCUAGUCAUGACCAGCGUUAAAGUGAUUGAAGUGUCCGACAAAUAUCGGACACACGCUGAUGAGCGUGAGAUGAGAAAACUGGAUAGUGCACGCGAUUACGCUUAAAUGCAAAUAAAUGCAAACAAAUACACAUACUGCAUACAUACAAACAUAUAUGAAAUAAAAAAUGAUAAUAAUAAUUUUAAGAAAAGUAAAAUCGCAAUAAAAACAGAACUGGCGCCUUGAACUGCGUACCCAGUACCCAGUACUCGUAUUUUCUGUGUGUGUUCAAAUGAAAAAUAAGAAGAAAAGCCGAAUAAUAAGCAAUAAGCCAUGAAACCCCGAACUGCACUUGUUGCAACGCAUCGUGUCGGCACGUGUUGCAUGCAACACAUGCAUACGUACAUACGCAUAGCCGUUGGAUGUGGUGUGUUGAUAUUGCAUAAGCGACGCAUAGCUCUCAACGCCAGCAACGUCAAUGAGCAACAACAAAAAGCGGAAUUGCUGCAACUGCAGUCGCACAGCCGACAAAAGCUCAACCACAGCAACAAGAACCAGUCACCAACAAACAAUAAAUACUAAACGUAUUUAUGUACACAUCUACACUGCAUACCAAAUGUAUUUGUAUCUAUCAUUAUAAACUUUUUGUAUUGUCUUCUACUACUUAACUGUACUCAAACAUUCAUUAUAGUAUUUAUGUAAACGAAAAAAAAAUAAGUUGUACUAAUUUUAUUUAAUAAUUUAUAAACUGAUUUUUUUUUGUUUGUAAUUUUAGUUUAUGCGUCUAUUCUUAUGCAUAUUUACAUACAUACAUAAACAUGAUGUCUAACAUUUCGAGUAAAUAUUUUAUUGUUGUCAAAACUCAGUAUUUUACUAUGUGAGUCGUGUUCUUGUUUUCGUAGCUAAAGAAAAUUUUAACAUUUUCAUGGACAAAUAAUAGCAAAAUAUAAUAGCUACCUACAGCCUUUUAACUAUAAAUACCUUCGAACUAGCAAUUUUUUGUUAAUCUCAAAUCGCGCUUACAUCGAUAUAGAAUCACCUAAUACGAAUAAUAUAAAAUUUAAUAGUCAUAAAUGAAACAAUAAAACCACGAUUAUAUACUAAAUACUUAAUUAAGUCGAACAAAUGUAUGUAAUUAAAGUAAGUCGAAGUGAAAAUUUAUUUCAAAUAAAGAUUAUUUUAAUUUUUUUUUAAUGGA